UUUGCGGCGGCCUGGGGAAAGGGCUGAUCCAGCGGGCCUUCCUCUCUGCUUGCUGGGGCCGGCUGCGGCUUCUCCAACGGCGGCCCAUCAUGGGCGACGGGGACAAAGUAGAGAUAGAUGGCAGCGUUAUGGAAGGGGGUGGCCAGAUCCUGCGUGUUUCCACUGCCUUGAGCUGCCUCCUGAGAAAACCUUUGCAAGUGAAAAAUAUCAGAGCCGGCAGAAGUCAGCCAGGCCUGAGGCCUCAGCAUCUGUCAGGACUGGAGAUGGUUCGAGAGUUGUGUGAUGGGCAGCUGGAAGGUGGUGAAAUCGGGUCAACAGAAAUCACUUUCACUCCUGGAAAGAUCAAGGGUGGAACCCACGUAGCAGACACCAGAACAGCAGGGAGCGUUUGCCUGCUGAUGCAAGUAGCAAUGCCUUGUGUGCUGUUUGCUGACUCUCUUUCAGAACUUCAUUUGAAAGGUGGCACUAAUGCAGAAAUGGCUCCCCAAAUCGACUAUACACUGAUGGUCUUCAAACCGAUAAUUGAGAAGUUCAAUUUGACAUUGGACUGCGAUAUCAAGAGGAGGGGUUAUUACCCGAAAGGAGGUGGUGAAGUAAGAGUCCGAAUAUCACCUACUAAACAGCUAAGUCCAAUCAAUUUAACUGACCGUGGCACCGUGACCAAGAUACAUGGACGAGCCUUUGUGGCUGGAGCUUUGCCAAUUAAAUUAGCAAAAGACAUGUCAUCAGCAGCGGUGAGGUGUAUCAGAAAAGAAAUCCGGGAUAUCUAUGUCAACAUUCAGGCUGUUCGAGAACCUGAUAAUGAGGCCUUUGGAACUGGAAGUGGAAUAAUUAUUGUUGCAGAGACUUCGACAGGCUGCCUACUGGCAGGUUCAUCACUCGGUAAAAGAGGUAAAAACUCUGACAAAGUUGGAAUUGAAGCUGCUGAGAUGUUACUUGGAAACCUUCGACAUGGAGGUGCUGUGGAUGAUUAUCUGCAAGACCAACUGAUAAUUUUCAUGGCUUUAGCAAACGGCGUCUCUAGAGUGAAAACUGGACCGAUUACCCUUCACACACAAACUGCUAUACACUUUGCAGAACAGCUGACAAAGGCUAAAUUUACAGUGACAAAAUCAGAAGAUGAAGAAGCACCCAAGGAUGCUUACCUUAUUGAGUGCCAAGGAAUUGGGAUGCUAAAUGCCAACUUGUAGCAUUUCUUCUUUUUUUUUAAAAAAAAGAUGAUAAUCUGAGUGAUGGAUUGCACUACAUUUCAGCUGACACGGUUGAGAAAAAUGGGAGCUGUGCCUAGUAGUGGUUUUGAAUUAAUUUCCAUGAAGGCUGGCCAUUUGGGGAGGAGAGGACAAGAGCUCAUUGUAUUUUCUGGGGGUGGAAAACCACAAGUACAAAGGACAGUGUGAAGUAAAAAACCCAGAGCAGCUGUUAACUACAGAUACAGCAGAGAUGGAGAAAAUUAUCAUUUUAGCUUUUAAAAAUGAUUGUCACCCCCUUGUGCCCUUAGAGUUGAUCGCAUGAAAUCCUGUAUAUGCAUUUACAAAAGAUCAUUUACAGAAAAAAGCAUCCAUCCACUUAUGUUUUUUUUAUUUCUGUUAAGUAUUUGUUUAUCAUAAUAUCUGACAAAAUAAUAAAACAGUCUCAGUAAGUGAA